UUCUGGGACGAGGCGCGCCUCGAGGUCUGGGGCGGCGACGGCGGCGACGGGUGCCUGAGCUUCCGCCGGGAGAAGUACAUCCCCUUCGGGGGCCCGAGCGGCGGCAACGGCGGCCGCGGCGGGAGCGUGAUCCUCGUCUGCGACGGCGGCCUCAACACGCUCGGCGUCGCGCGGCGCCACUCGCUGCGGCGCGCCAAGAGCGGCGCCAAGGGCCAGGGGUCCACGAAGCACGCCCAGGCGAGGCCCGACGUCUACGUGCGCGUGCCGCCGGGCACCGUCGUCCGCGAGCACGCGCCGCCCUACCGCGUCGCGGGCGAGCUCCGGGAGCCCGGCGACGCGCUGCUCGUCGCGCGCGGCGGCCGCGGCGGCCGGGGCAACGCGGCCUUCAAGACGCCGCGCAUGACGGCGCCGCGCAUCGCCGAGCGGGGGGAGCAGGGCGCGCGCCACGUGCUGUCGCUGUCGCUGCAGCUCGUCGCGGACUGCGGCUUGGUGGGCCUGCCGAACGCGGGCAAGUCGACGCUGCUCGCGGCGGCGACGGCGGCGCGGCCGAAGAUCGCCGACUACGCCUUCACGACGCUCGUGCCGAAUCUGGGCGUGCUCGCGGACGUGCCGGGCCUCAUCGAGAACGCGUCGGACGGCGCGGGCAUGGGCGACGCGUUCCUCCGCCACGUCGAGCGCUGCGCGGCGCUCGUCCACGUCGUGGACGCGACGGCCGAGGACCCCGUCGCGGACUACGGCGUCAUCGACCGGGAACUGCGGGCGUACUCGCGGAUCCUCGCGGAGAAGCCGCGCGUCGUGCUUCUGAACAAGGUCGACGCGCUCGACGAAGAGACGGAGGCGCGGCUCGUGGCGGCGCUCCGGGCCGCCUGCGGCCACGCGCGCGUCGCGACGGCGUCGGCGGCGACGGGCGCGGGCGUCGAGCAGUUGAUGGCGAAGCUC